AUGGUUUUAAAUUUAGCAGUGAACAGAAUAGCAAUAACCAAGCCUCCAAAAAGUUUAGAAGAAGAGAUCGUUAGAGAGAAAGCAAAACAAAUCUUGCAAAAUAGAUAUGAGUUUAGUGAAGAUCAAGUAAAUGCCUUAUUCACAAUCCCAAAAAACGAAAGUAGAUACAGUGUAACUACUUCAGAUAAAAACAUAAAUAUUGUAAUCGCCAAUCAACUCUCUAAAAGAAUGGAGGAAAAAACAAUUGGGGAUAUGGCACAACGGAUUUUACGGAAUAAACUUAGUAUUAGAGAUAUAAGAGCUGAAGCUUAUGCCUUAGCCCUAUCAGCAAAAAAUGCUAAUGCUGGCUUAUUACGUCUCACUCAUCUUCGUAGAGAAUUAAGAAACCUUAAUGCAUCACUUGAGAUAAUUGAGGUUACAAAAUUUCCAGAUAUUACAGAAGAUGCCAAUAAAAUCCAGAGUAUCAAUCGGAAAAAAGCUGAAGCUAAACGUAUCGAUUAUCCAGAUGAAUUUAUAUUAGAAUCGGUUAAGAAAAGAUUAGAUGCGUAUGAUAUUAAAACUUUAUCUAAAUAUCAGGCUCUUGCAGAUAUCAUGGUGAUGCUUUGUAUCCGUCCUGCUGAACUUAGAACUUUACGUAUUACAGAUGCUAAAGUAACAGGAUAUGCGAAGAAUUGGG